UCACAGUGUCAUACAGAAACACAAAACCUGUAUGAAGAACAGGUACGAGAGCUUAUUUGAGGGAAUCAAAACACCAGAGAACAGAACCCUCCUGAACAGGAUUUACACACAGCUCUACAUCAUAGAGGGAGAGAGUGAAGGGGUUAAUGAAGAACAUGAGAUUAUAAAGAUGGAGAAGACUUCAAACAAAUACUUACAGGAAACUCCAAUCAACUGCUUAGACAUCUUUAGACCUGUAGAAGAUCCUGAAGAAGAAAUGGAAGGAGUGAACAGUACAGCUGUGAUGGUUAAUCUUGUCAGACGAAACAAAAUGAUAAAAGAUAAAGGACCAAAAAAGCUUAGAACUGUGCUGACUAAAGGCAUUGCUGGAAUUGGAAAAACAGUCUCUGUACAGAAGUUCAUUCUGGACUGGGCAGAGGGAAAAGCCAAUCAGGAUGUAGAUUUCAUGUUCGUGCUUCCAUUCCGAGAGCUGAACCUGAUUAAAUAUGAGCAGUACAGUCUUUACACACUUCUCUGUACUUUUCAUCCUGAGAUCAAAGACCUGGACUCUAGGAUAUGUGAUGGGCGCAGAGUUGUGUUCAUCUUUGAUGGUCUGGAUGAAAGCAGAAUUCCACUGAAUUUUUCACAGUGUGAGAAAGUGUCUGACAUCACCGCAACAUCAUUAGUGGGUGUGUUAAUGACAAACCUUCUCAAAGGAGAGUUGCUGCCCUCUGCUCACAUCUGGAUCACCUCCCGACCAGCAGCAGCCAAUCAGAUUCCUCCUCAGUGUAUCAACCGUGUGACAGAAAUUCAGGGGUUUAAUGACCCACAGAAGGAGGAGUACUUCAGGAAGAGAAUCAGUGACCAAGACCAAGCCCAGAAAAUCAUCUCCCACAUUAAGACAGUGAGGAGUCUCCACAUCAUGUGCCACAUUCCCGUCUUCUGCUGGAUCUCAGCCACUGUGCUUCAGAGAAUCAUGAAACAGAGUAAUACAGAAAUCCCUAAAACUCUGACUGAGAUGUACUCCCACUUUCUGAUCACUCAGACCAACAUGAAGAAUGAGAAGUAUGCAGAGACCUUCAACUGUAAUCCAGUGGAAUUGCUGGAAUCUAACAGAACCAUGCUUUUGAAACUGGCUAAACUGGCUUUUAAUCAGUUGAUGAAGGGGAACGUGAUGUUCUAUGAAGAGGACCUGAGAGAGUGCGGUAUUGAUCUCACUGAGGCCUCAGUGUAUUCUGGGAUCUGCACUGAGAUCUUUAGGGAGGAAUGUGUGCUUUAUCAAAGGAAGGUCUACAGCUUUGUACAUCUGAGCUUUCAGGAGUUCCUGGCUGCUUUCUAUGUGUUUCACUGCUACCUGAGCAAGAACAUGGAGGAGCUGAUGGAUUUUAAACCACAAAACAGAAAAUGGCCUGAAAAUGUCCCACUGGAUGAGCUCCUGAUAGGAGCAGUGAGCAAAGCCUCAGAGAGUCAGAAUGGACAUCUGGAUCUUUUCCUCCGUUUCCUGCUGGGCAUCUCUCUGGAUUCCAGUCAGAAGGUCCUACAGAGCCUCCUGAUCCACACAGAGAGAACCUCAUGGAGUAUCAAACUAACAGUGACUUACAUCAAACAUUUAAUCUCAGCAGAAGAUCUUGCUGCUGACAGAUAUGUUAACCUGUUCCUCUGUCUGACUGAAAUGCAUGACCAGGAUUUACCCAGAGAGAUUCAGAAAUACAUAGAUUCAGACAAAAGCUCAAGGAAGGAUCUGUCUGCUCUAGAGUGUUUUGCUCUUUACUACAUGCUGCAGACCUCAGAGGAGGUGCUGGAUGAGCUGGAUCUGAAAAAAUACAACACAUCAAGAAUUGCUUAUAUGAAACUGUUUCCAGCUGUGAACAACUGCAGAAAGGCUCUACUUGGUGGCUGUGGUCUCACCAUGAAACACUGUGAAACCAUCUGCUGUGCUCUGAAAUCAGAAAGCUCCUGCCUGAAAGAGCUGGACCUCAGUAACAAUGACCUGCAGGAUUCAGGAGUGGAGCUGCUCUCUGCUGGAAUGAAGAGUUCACACUGUAAACUGGAGACACUCAGACUAGCUAGAUGUAAUCUUGGUCAAAAGACGUGUGAAAAUCUGGGAUCAGUUUUAAACCUGGAAAGCACCUGCCUGAAAGAGCUGGACCUCAGUAACAAUGAUCUGCAGGAUUCAGGAGUGGAACUGCUCUCUGCUGGACUGAAGAGUUCACACUGUAAACUGGAGACACUCAGAUUAUCUGGUUGUAUGGUCACAGAAAAUGGCUGUUGUUCUUUGGCUGCAGCUCUGAGUUCAAGUCUCUCCCACCUGAAGGAAUUGGAUCUAACCUACAACCACCCAGGAGAAUCAGGACAACAGCUGCUCUCUUCUAGACCAGAAGAUCCAGGCUACACAGUCAGAAUGGAAUCUGGAGGGGCAAUCAGAAUAAAACCAGGACCAAAGAAAUGGUUCUGUGAUUUCACACUGGAUCCAAACACAGCUCACCGCUCUCUCUCUCUGAGUGAGGAGAACAGGAGGGUGGAGUGUAGAUGGGGAGAGGAGCAGCAGUCGUAUCCUGAUCAUCCAGAGAGGUUUAAUUGGGUUCCUCAGGUUCUGAGUAGAGAGGGAGUUACUGGACGCUGUUACUGGGAGGCUGAGUGGAGCAGGAGAGGAGGAGCUGCUGUAGCUCUGAGUUAUAAAACCAUCAGCAGGAAAGGAGGAGGAUCAGACUGUGAGUUUGGAGGGAAUAUAAACUCCUGGUGUCUGAACUGCUUUAAUAACAGUUACUCUGUUCUUCACAAUAAUAAGAGAACUGCUCUCCCCCCUCCUCCCUCCGGCUGUAGGAGAGUAGGAGUGUAUGUGGACUGUCCCGCCGGCAUUCUGUCCUUCUACAGAGUCUCCACUGAUACACCCUCACACACUCUCACACACUUACACACACUCUACACCACCUUCACUAAGCCCCUCUAUGCAGGGGUUUGGGUUGGUUCUGGCUCCUCAGUGACUCUGUGUAAAAUAGAAUAACCCUGUGUGUAACAGUGUGUGUGUGUGUGUGUGUGUUUUGGGGAGGUUUAAUUGGAAUUAGAAACACAAGCUGUAUAUAAAAUU